AGAUCACGAAACUCCAUUCCAGCUCUUCAGCGCCCCCCUUUCCUUUCUUCCUUCUCUUCAAUUCUGGCAGCAAGGUCACGAUCAGCCAUGACUUCCAACGGCUCCAUCGCGACGACGCUUGCUCCAACACGGGAGACGCUCUCCUCAUCACAACUCCUCUCCUCCUCGAUAUCGUCCCUCAACUCCUCCUCGACGCGGCAGGCCUCCUCCCAGAUCUCCAAAAUCUACAGACAAGCAUCAACACUCUUCCUGACGCGUCGCCUCCCCGAAUCCCUCUCUACCAUCCUCCCCGUCAUCACCCCACCUCCUGCCGACGACACGAACUCACAUGCUGCCCCCGAGCCCGCGCCCAUUGCACGAGCAAGCCGCAACACAAGAAUAAAGGUGUGGAGUCUGUACCUGACAAUCCUGAAUGCAGUCGUCGAGCUGGAUCCAGACGAGGGGAAGCAGGCGUUUGGGAGCAAGGAGUGGAGGGGGCUGGUGAGCAAGGUGCGAGAUGGGGAUGUCUGGGAGGAGGUCGUCAAGAAUGGAUACGGAGGGGUCGAAGGGGACGUGGAUUCUGAUGUUGUGAUAAAUCUAGCAACACUCCUCCUCGCCCACGCCCGCACCCAAAAGACCAACCAACAGCGCCUAGAAAACUACCUCGCCAGCUCCACAACCCCAAACCUAGACAUCUCCUCCCGUCUGCAAACUCCUACCUCCCCCUAUCCACGAUCCCGGGGCGCCAGUCCAGUCAAAGGCUCUGGCACAGACACACCACGAGACCUCAACGCGCGCGUCAAGAUCUUGGAACUCUACACAUUACACGUUUUACUAAGGAACAACGAGUGGGACUACGCUCGAGACUUUAUCACUAUUUCCUCAGUGCUGGAUGAGGAGAGGAGGGAAGCAUUUUUACAGGCCUUGCAGAGUUUACAGGAAGAGCAGCAAGAGAACGAGAGGAGGGAGAAAGAGGAGAAAAGGUAUCAAGAGGAGCAGCUAAAGAAAGACAUCGAGGAUGCACGAAGACGUCGGAUAGAGAAUGAGGAGCGGGAGAAGCGGAUAGAGGAGGAGAGGAAGAAGGAGAGGGUGGGAGGGAGUGAGGUCGAUUAUGGCGUUGAGAACUCGCCGCCCAGGCCGGGGAGCAGCAAAUCGCGGUCGAGUGUGAAAGGUGGUUCAGCCAAAGGGAGCAGAUCAAUGCCUUCAUCUUCGCCAACAGCGAGGUGUUCUGUCCCAGCGAAGAAUAUCAAGAUCCCGUCGAGCUUAAUGACCAGGGCUAGCAACGUAGUCAUGAAUUUGAGGAAGUUGGUGGAGAGUAUGGCAGGAGGGUUUAAGACAAGACCGAUGCUUCUGAUGCAGAUGCUUGCGUUUGUGGUGGGGGUCUUGGUACUGUUGUCCAGGAGAGAGGUCAAGGAGAGGGUGAAGAUGAUAUUGGGGAAGGGGUGGUUGAAGGUCCGCCAGACGGCGGGAAUGGGCGUUAAGGUUAGCUAUAUUUAAUGACUCGAUUGUACGAUAUUAUUCCGUCUUGUAUAUAAAAGCAUGGUACGGUGUUUUGGUCUAUUCAUCCAAAUGGCUUUUUGAAAUCAUCACAGUGGCAUGACAUACGUGCAAUGGCAUAUCUUGAUUCAUUUGUUCGCUUCAUCGCUCCGUGCCUCGGUAUCAACAUGCAGAACUCCGUUACCCAUGAUCCACAUUUCCCUUUCCCAUUCUCUUUCGUCUGGUCCUCACAAGUAUUUCUUGGGCGCAUUCGCUUUUCGUCUCUUGUACACCAGGUAACACAGCACCAACAACCCGUUGCUGCCUAGAACCACGAGCACGAACUUCCCUAGUCCU